UCAAUAUGUAUUAAUGGCAACUCUGCCCACAAGAAAACAUCAACAAAUACGAUCACCGCGGUCCGUGAUAGACAUAGAAGUGAAAACAAACAAAUUUGGUACAUUUUUAGUAGAAAUUAAACGAUGAUUUCCGUAUUUUCAGAUAAUGGAAUCUUCCAACGCACGUGAAGGUAUACCAAAGAAGGAGGGAGCACCAAACAGCCCAUUAGAACUUUUCUCUCCAUCCAGCUUAGAUCCAAAUCAAUACGAAUGUCAGUUUUGUGACAAAGAGUUUCCGCGGAAGUGUGAUUACCACCAACACGCCUUAGCAUCUGAAGACAAACGGCCUUUUGAAUGUGACAUUUGUGGAAAAAGAUUCUCACUAGCAAACGCUAUGAUCAAGCAUACGAUCGUUCACACUGAUAAACCAUACAAAUGCGACGUGUGCUACAAAGAGUUUCGGUCUAGUCAGCGGUUUACGGACCACAAAAACAUUCACAUCGGCGAGCGGCCGUACAAGUGCACUUUAUGCGAAAAAGAAUUUGCUGCCAAGUCUUACCUAUCAAGACACAUGUCAGCACACGACAAAGAUUACAGGUACAAGUGCGAAGUGUGUGGCAAAAGUUUUUAUCAUAGCGCAAGCCUCUCGAAACACAAACAUAUCCAUAUGAAUGAAAAGUUCACAUGCGUCAUAUGCAAAAAAGAUUUUACCACUAAAUAUUACCUAGAUCACCACAUGUACAGUCAUACUGGAGACAAACCGUACAAAUGUAAUGUAUGUGGCAAAGAACUAAUGUCUAGUCAACGAUUGAUGGAUCACAAAAACGUUCAUACGGGUGAGCGACCGUAUAAAUGCACCUUAUGCGAAAAAGAUUUUUCGUCCAAAAUUAUGCUUGCUCAACACAUGCUUCUUCACACUGGCGAACGACCGCAUAGUUGCACUGUAUGCGGAAAAGAUUUUGUUAUUAAAUCUUAUCUAACCAGACACAUGUCUAUUCACGUAAAUGAUUACAAGCAUAAGUGCGACGUCUGUGGUGAAGGCUUCAAUCAUAGUACUAGCCUCUCGAAACACAAACGCAUUCAUACGAACGAGAAAUAUAAAUGCACUGUAUGCGAAAAAGAGUUUACCACUAAGUACUACCUAAGUAAACAUAUGCUUAGUCACACGAAUGAUUACGAUCAUAAGUGUGCGGUGUGUGCCAAAGGAUUCAGAAACAAAUCACUCUUGAAAGACCAUGAACACAGUCAUACGGGUGAACGACCGUACAAAUGUACCGUAUGCGAAAAAGAUUUUUCCACCAAAUAUUACCUAAGAAAACACUUGCAUAGUCACACAGAUGAUUACAAGCAUAAGUGCAAUGUGUGCGACAAAGAAUUCAUUAACAGAUCACUGUUGAAAAAUCACGAACAUAGUCACACAGGUGAGCGACCUUACAAAUGCACGGUAUGCAGCAAAGAUUUUUUCGCUAAAACAAACCUUGCUCUACACAUGCGCCUUCACACUGGUGAGCGACCCUACAAAUGCACUGUAUGCGGAAAAGAUUUUCCCAUUAAACCUUACCUAUCCAAACACAUGUUUAUACAUGAAAGGGAAUACAAAACACAUGUGUAAAGCUAAGCAUUCAUAAACAUAUCACUCUUGAAAAAUCAAAAACUCAAUCAUACAGGCGAGUGGCUUUACAAACGUACAAUCCAGAUUUUCUAGUUUGUUAUAUACUAUUUCAUCAUAGCUCAUGUAGCUGUCAUAUAAUUGUAACAUUUGUAUAUAAAGCAAAAAAUA